AUGGGUGUUGAACUCCCAGGAAAUGGCCCAGGGGAACGCCCUAUGGACCCUGCGAUUGCCGUGCCCCUGUUCGUCGUCGGUGGACUAGUCGCAACCUUGUUCGUCUGGAAAUCUACCAUUCGCCUCCGACAUCGUCGACGAUCACAACUAGCUCUAGAAGGAGCCGACCAGACACAGCUGUCCCAGACGAAUAAACUGAAUGCAGCACUGAAGAAACACUUCCUAUAUGCGCCGCUAUGGGGCAAUCGUCACAGUCGCGAGUUCCGCUUCCUGCGACUACAUAUGGGAUCGCUACCAUUGCGACUCGAGAUGCUUUGCUUGUUGGUAUAUCUCAGCCUCAACAUUAUCUUCGUUGUUGUGAAAGUGGAUUGGUGGCUGGACGAUUACUCCACGAAGAUGUUUCAGCUCAAGUACGCCGCGGGACACCUGGCGGUCAUGAAUACACCGGGCUUGGUCCUGUCUGGAGGGCGAAACAAUCCACUAGUCAUAAUGCUAGGGAUCUCAUUCGAUGCCUUCAACUUCAUGCAUCGGUGGGUAGGACGUGUCAUCGCAGCUAAUGCGGUCGUUCACAUGGGCGCCGUGCUAGCUGAUCAAGCAUAUCAACAUGGUACGGACUACAUCAUGUACGCUCUUUGGCAACAGAAACUUUACAUAUGCGGCCUUAUCGCUUUCCUCGGAUUCAUCUUCAUCGUCAUUCAAUCCCUGUCGCCGGCCCGACAUGCCUUCUACGAACUCUUCCUCCAUCUGCACAUAGCGCUGGCCGUGUUGUCUUUCGUGGCCCUCUGGUAUCACCUUCAGAACCUGCUACAACAACGCGUGCUACUAGGCACCCUGAUCCUAUGGGGUCUCGAUCGUGCCGGCCGGCUCGGAAUCUUACUUUGGAGAAACCUCAGCACAACCCCCACAACCGCGACUGUCGAGGUCCUGCCUGGGUCCGUUGCUCGUGUCGACAUCGCCGUGGCUCGGUCAUGGCGUUUCCGCCCUGGCCAGUACAUGUACCUUUACAUGCCAUGUCUCGGCCUGUGGACAUCACAUCCCUUCACUGUUGCAUGGACGUCCGGAUCAGGUUCUACGGAUGUGGAUGAGAAGCGCAGCUCGAGUGACUCAUUACGAACCCUCGUGGGACGUUCGCAAACGACGACGACGAUGUCCAUCCUGAUCAAAGGCAAGGACGGGUUCACGAAAAAGCUGAUCCAGAAGGCGGAAGAAUCCCCCGAUGGACGUAUCGAGGCUAUGGCCUUGGCCGAGGGUCCAUUUGGAGGCAUUCAUUCUCUCGCCUCAUACGGAACUCUAUUGCUGAUUGCCGGCGGCAUUGGCAUCACGCACCCAAUGUCUUAUCUCAACGAGGUUGUCUCCAACUUCACCGAGCAGAAAACAGCUACUCGUAAAGUUCGCCUGAUAUGGAUUGUUCGCAGUCUAGACCAUCUUACCUGGAUCCAAACUUUCAUGGAUGACAUACUAGGCCAGGUUCCUUUAACAAGCCCGAUGAAUAUGAACGGGCGCUCUUAUUUCCAAUUCCCGCGCCUUCACCUCUCCAUAAGCCUUUAUGUCACCGCACACAAGGAUAACGUCGAGGAAUACCUCCCUCAGAUGGGUAUGCCUUGGAUGCAGCAUGCCCCGCCCAACGUGCCUGUUACUGUUCAUCACGGCAAGCCGUGUAUGCAGGCCUUACUGGAGAAAGAGAAGUCGGAGCAGAUUGGUGCAAUGGCGGUUAGCGUCUGUGGUCCUGGUGGCCUGGGCGAUAGUGUGCGGGAGGCUGUUAGGAAUGUACAGGGGGAGAAGACGGUUGACCUCUUUGAAGAGGCGUUUUCGUGGUAG